AUGGACUCAGACAUCCCACAAAACUUCCAGAAAGAACUCACCUGUGUCAUCUGCCUGAAUUACUUUACAGACCCAGUCACCAUGGGCUGUGGGCACAGCUUCUGCUGGUCGUGUCUCUGUGUAUCCUGGGAGAAAGUUGAAAGUCCUGCUUGUUGUCCACUGUGCAGACAACCAUCAGAACAGACAAACUUAAAAACUAAUAUUCUUCUGAAAAACCUGGUGUCCGUUGCAAGAAAAGCCAACCUGAGGCAGUUCCUCAGCUCUGAGGGCAGUAGGUGUGGGCUACACAGGGAGACACUGCAGGUCUUCUGUGAAGACGCCAGGAGCCUGCUCUGCGUGCACUGCUCUGACUCUCAGGAGCACGAGGCCCACAGACACCGCCCCGUUGAAGACGCGGCUGAGCAACACCGGGCAAUGCUCUCAAACCAAAUGAGAUCUUUAUGGGAAAAGAUUCAAAGAAUUCAAGAAAAUCUCAGUAAAGAUGGCAGAAUAUCUGUCUAUUGGAUGGUGAGUAUGAGACUACACCAAGAUGAAACCAGGGCUUUUUAUGAGACACUACAACUGGUUCUUCAUGAGGAAGACAAACAAUACUUAAAGAGUCUUGUUAAGGAAGGGUCAAAGAUGUUUGAGCAACUCGAGAAACUUGAAGCUGAACUGAAUGAAAAGAAGAUAAGCCUAAGAGGAAUGUAUGAUGAGCUUAUGGACAUGUGUCUGAAACCAGAUGUAGAAUUUCUCCAGGAAUUAGGGGACAAGCUGAGAAGGAGUGAGCAGGUGCAGCUGCACAUGCCUCCACCUCUUCAGCCAGAACUCCCUGCACGACCCAUCACUGGACUGAUGGAUAGACUUAACCGCUUCCGAGUGGAAAUUUCCUUCCCCUGUGAAAUAACCAAUCAUAAUCUCAGGCUGUUUGAUGAUGUGAGAAGUCUGAGGUUUACGCGUGACCAUCUACAUAUGUCUCUGGAUCCUGGAACAUCGAACUAUUUUGCUGCAUGGGGAGCCCAGGCCUUCACCUCUGGCAAACAUUAUUGGGAGCUGCAUGUGAGCAAGUCUUGGGACUGGGCUGUAGGGGUCUGUAAGGAUUCCUGGUUGAGGAAGAGGGGCACACUACUUGAAUCUCAGGACACAUUUCUUCUCUUAUGUGUGAAGGAGGAGGAUUGUUACACUCUCUGGACCACUGCCCCGAUGACUCGUCAGUACAUAGAGAAACCUCUGGGCAGGGUUGGUGUGUUCCUUGAUGUGGACAGUGGAAGUGUAAGUUUUGUGGAUGUUGCGAAGUGUUCUCUCAUAAAGCACUGUCUCAUUAAGCCUUCCCCACUCCAGAGCAAUCUAGAUGACACAUUCAAUUUUCCUUUCAGGCCUUUCAUUUACACUGGCCACACAUAA